CCAAAGCUUCCAACCCUUAAAAGCCAGCCUGUGUUCCAUAAUCGUCGAGCAUCUAUUCCCAACCACAGCUAAUAUCCACCGUUGAUAUGUGUCAAAGAUGCAAGCGAUUUAAGCACUGAUGCAAUAACUGGUUUACGGAAGCUGAAAAAGACUUGCGAUCCAACACUUGUUUCUUCUUCUUCUUCAAAUUGGGGGUUUUAACUUAGUUAAGACUGAGUAGAAGCAACAGAUCCAGAAAUUAGCAUUUCCAGAAUAGGGAAAUGGAGAAGAAGGGUUGGAUAAGUGUGGCAUUGUUAUUGGCAUUGACGUUCAAUUGGAGUUUGUUGGUAAACGGAGAUGAUUCAGAGAAGACGAUAGUGAAAAAGGUGAAAGGAAAGAAGGUUUGUACGAGAGGAUGGGAAUGUAAGGAUUGGUCUGUAUAUUGUUGCAAUCAGACUAUUUCAGAUAUAUUUCAGACUUAUCAGUUCGAGAAUCUUUUCUCUAAGAGAAAUGCUCCAGUCGCUCAUGCUAUUGGGUUUUGGGAUUAUCAAUCAUUCAUCACUGCUUCCACCACUUUUCAGCCGCUCGGUUUCUGUACCACCGGCGGCAAACUCAUGCAGAUGAAGGAACUCGCGGCCUUCCUCGGCCAUGUUGGCAGCAAAACCUCCUGUGGUUAUGGAGUGGCUACAGGAGGACCAUUGGCCUAUGGUCUUUGCUACAACAGGGAAAUGAGCCCUAGCCAGUCAUACUGUGAUGACUUCUACAAAUUUACCUAUCCCUGCGCUCCUGGUGCUGAAUACUAUGGUCGCGGUGCCUUGCCAAUCUACUGGAACUACAAUUAUGGAGCUACUGGAGAAGCUCUGAAGGUGGAUUUGUUGAACCAUCCUGAGUACAUUGAGCAAAAUGCUACCCUUGCCUUCCAGGCUGCAAUCUUGAGGUGGAUGACCCCAAUAAAGAAAUCGCAACCUUCUGCUCAUGAUAUCUUUGUUGGCAACUGGAAACCCACUAAGAAUGACACUCUGUCCAAGCGGGUUCCUGGUUUUGGUUCUACAAUGAAUGUUCUCUAUGGGGAGCUUACCUGUGGCCAGGGUGACAUUGAUGCCAUGAACAACAUUAUCUCACACUAUCAGUAUUACCUCGACUUGUUGGGUGUAGGCCGAGAAGAGGCAGGACCACAUGAAACUCUCAGUUGUGCAGAGCAGAAAGCAUUCAAUCCAUCAACUUCUGCAGCUUCUUGAGCUUUUGUAUGCUGCUUUGAACCAUCCAUCAAAGUCUCAUAUUGGUGUUUAGUGAAUGAAGUGUCUGCCAGCUAAAUAUUAUAAGAUCAUUUCAACUUUAUAAUGUUUCUGAAAAUUAAAUUACUUUGAAUCAAUAUACAAUAAGGAUUGUUUUGUUCGCCUUUUGUAGAUUUUCAAUUCAUUGUUAAAAUCUUUAUUAUUAUAAGCUGUGUGCAUCUAGUACUGUAUGUAAUAUUUGUCAUUUGGUGUUUGUAUUGCCGACACUACUUAAGUAAAUGUAAUUAUUUCAUGCAACUUC